CGAAAUCACAUUCCUAAGUUUCAAAACGCAAUACAAUUCUGGAGAAGAAAAAAAAAAUCCCCCAAAAGGAAAAAAAAAGGACUAGGGUUAUCUUCUAGCCCAAUCCUAUUCGUCUUCAACGAGUUUUCAGUUACUGUCGGCUGUCGGGUGUUCCGAAAAUCAAUUCACCAAACCAAGCUCUUCUCUUGUUCUGUCUAAAUUCCGAUUCUUUUUUUUUGUUUUCCAAAUGAGCUUCCGCUAAUCGUGAUCGAUUACGUAACCUCACCUCAGGUUUUUUUUUUUAAACUUCAACAAAAGUCAUCAUCCUACAAAGACGAUUGCUAAGCUUUAACUUCAUCAUCAUCUGAGAUGCAAUCGAAAUCGGGAGAAGGAAAUGAAGAGGAAGUGAACCAGCAGUCUGAUCAGCAGCAGCAGCAGCAGCAGCAGCAACCAAUGAUGAUGUAUCCAGACCCUUGGUGGAAAAACAACUCCUUUGGUGGUGGUGGUGGUGUCCUUCCUCAAGAGACACCUCCAUCGAAUUCUAAUGGUGAAUCAGAAUCAAACGAUGUUCAUUCACCAUCUGAAGACGGUGGUGAUGGCCCCUGUAAGGAUUCACAAGCUGCUACUUCUUCGUCCCCUUUAGAUAACCAUGGAGUUGAAGGGAAUGAUCCAACGCAUGAUCAGCAAAUUGUUCAACCACCAGAGCUUGUUGGACACUACAUUGCAUGUGUGCCAAAUCCAUAUCAGGAUGCAUAUUAUGGAGGAAUGAUGGGAGCAUAUGGCCAUCAACCAUUGCAGGGGUUUCGUCCAUAUCUUGGAAUGCCUCGUGAAAGAACAGCUCUGCCGCUUGACAUGACACAAGAACCUGUUUAUGUGAAUGCAAAACAGUACGAGGGAAUUCUAAGGCGGAGGAAAGCACGUGCCAAGGCUGAGCUUGAAAGGAAAGUCAUCAACAGAAAGCCGUAUCUUCAUGAGUCGAGACACAAGCAUGCGAUGAGAAGGGCAAGGGCUAGUGGAGGCCGGUUUGCCAAGAAAACCGAAGCAGAAGCAGAAGCAGCAGAGGAUGCAGCUGAAGCAGCAGCAGCGGGGAGAGAAAGAGAAAGAGAAAGGUGCUCAGCAACCAACUCAUCAGGCUCUGAACAACCAGUUGAGACAGAUUCUUUAGGUGCACCUUAAUCAGCCAAAGCUCUGAGAAAAGAGAGAGACACGCUUUGGCUAUAUAUAUAUAUAUCUCCACUGCGCCCCACACUGGCAAAUCAUUCUUGGCUUUUGGGUUUUGCGUUUGCUUUAGUUCUUGUGAAAGUCCCAUAUUGUGUUGUUUUGCAGUUACUAUGUACAAAGAGAGCCGAGUUCUUCUUUUAGGUGUUAGUUUUGGACACAGGAGACAGGGGAAUAGUCAGAACUCACUACUCAGUAGGUCUUGUUUUAUUCUUCUUUUAACUUUUGGAAAAUACGUAUGUUUAAUCAUUUGCUUCUCUGAGGAGAAAGUGUUGCAGAGGUU